UCCUUCACACACAAAAUUAAAGAGGAAUAAUAAACUUAAAAAUGCUCAACUUUGUAUGUUUCUAGAGAAUUUCUGGUUAUCAUUUUUUUUUAACUUGGGUUUGAUUCUUGAUCUAGAGUUCUAAGAUUUCUCCACUGUUCUUCUCCACGUUCCUGAAAAAGAACAGAGGAAGAAGAACAAUUUGAAGGAGUUCAGUCUCCAGAGAAUAUCCAAUCGACUUUAAAACAGAGAAAAAGCUCAAGACUCGCAGUCGCAUGCCACAAGGAGAAAAAUGAACGAGUCGAGGUCGUGGAGCAUAUACAGUAGCAGAGACGGAGAGAGUGAAGGGCCAUGGAGAUCGUCGACGUCGAUGAAUGCGAUCUCCUUUGGAUUCGUAGCUACGGCGAUACUCAUCUCCAUGUUCUUGAUAAUGGCCAUCUUCGAGCAUCUCUUCAGGCCAGAGAAUUCUACAUUUGAUUCACCACAUCGGAUCAGACAAAGACAGAACCAUAGCAGAGAUGGGUCCACUCAGUUCCACAAACUUGCUCAUCAAGCAUCCAUGGUUCCGGUGAAUAUGGCGGUGGAUGUAUCGGUAGUGAUGCCGGGAGAGAAGCUACCGUCGCACAUAGCUUUGGCCGCUCCUUUACCUUGUUCAAGAGAAGGCAUUCGUUGGCCUCUCCACCUCUAAAAUAUUAUUUUAUUACUCUUCUCUCAUGUUUUUUUUUUACUGACUCAUUUAGUAGAUUAGUGUUGGACCUGGUGAUAAUCUAAUUUUAAUAUGCAUUCAAGUCACGAUAUUGAUCGAAAAUUUCUCCAAUUUAUUUUUUGCCAGAAAAAAAAAUAAAUUAUUAUUAGUCGACAUU